AUGGCGAUGGCGAAUGUGGAGCGUCUCUCUUACGGCGUGCCAAAUCCAUGUCCGAAUCAAGCGGCUACGGGGCAACAGGCUAGUGGGAACCAGUUGCAAAGGAACCGACAGGAAUUGGACUCCGACGCAUAUGAACGCAGCCAGGUCAACGAUGACUUUGCUUAUUUGGAAGCAGGGUUGUUCGAACAGUCCAGCUUCGGCCAUCCGGGGGCGAGUUCGUUCAACAAUGCUGCCAGGACAGAAGUUCUGAGCCAGCAUAGCGAUUCUGAACAGCUUGAGCACAUGAGUAGGGGCAAUCUCGACAUCGAUGUUCCAAGCUUGGAUGACCAAGCCUUUGAUGGUCUGACAGGUGCCAACAUGGCGCACGCGUCUUCCGAUGGAUUAUUUGAUAACGCGACAGUUCAGCAGGGACAUCCAGCGGCGGGGGCAGGCCAGAUUAUACGGCCGCAUAUAGGAGUUGCGCCCGUCUCGCGCGUCAGGGUGUAUUAG